CUGUCAUUGGCAGAGGCGACGGGCGGCUGGUGGUUGCAGGCUCCCCGGCGCGAGCCCACCCUCCGAGUUUGCGCAGCCGCCCCCGCCGCUCUGCCAUGCCGGGCUCCCUGCAGGGCCACGUCUGCGUGGUGACGGGCGCCUCCCGGGGCAUAGGCCGCGGCAUCGCCCUGCAGCUGUGCCAGGCCGGGGCCACCGUCUACAUCACCGGCAGAAACCGCGACACCCUGCGCGACGCCGCCAAGGAGGCCCAGGCCCGCGGAGGCCGCUGCGUGCCGGUGGUGUGCGACUCCAGUCAGGAGGACCAGGUGCGCAGCCUGUUUGAGCAAGUGGAGCGCGAACAUCAAGGCCGGCUGGACCUGCUGGUCAACAACGCCUACGCCGGGGUCCAGUCCAUCCUCUCGAACCAGAAGAAGCCAUUUUGGGAGUGUCCGGCCUCGAUCUGGGACGACAUCAACAACGUGGGGCUGCGGGGUCACUACCUGUGCUCCGUGUACGGGGCCCGGCUGAUGGUCCCGGCCGGCCGCGGCCUCAUCGUCGUCAUCUCCUCACCGGGGGGUCUGCGCUACCUCUUCAACGUGCCCUACGGCGUGGGCAAGGCCGCGUGCGACCGCCUGGCAGCGGACUGUGCCCAGGAGCUUCGGAGCAGCGGGGUCUCCUACGUGUCGCUGUGGCCGGGGCUGGUGCAGACGGAGCUGCUGAAGGACCAUAUGAACCAGGCGGCCGCCACCUUCGACCGCCGGUUGAGGGAAAACUUUGGAAGCGGAGAGACCCCAGAAAUGAGUGGCAGAUGUGUGGUCGCUCUGGCGACAGAUCCCCAGAUCGGAAGCCUGAGCGGGCGGGUGCUGCCUUCCUGUGACCUGGCCCGACGCUAUGGACUCCGCGACGUGGACGGCCGCCCGGUCGCCGACUACCUGUCUGUCUCCUCGGUGCUCAGCCAGGUGCCCGGCCUGGCCUGGCUCGCCCGCUACGUGCCCAGUUUCCUCCGAAUGCCCAAGUGGAUCCUCGCCCUCUAUGCCAGCAAGUUCUGAUGGGGAAAGGGACGAUUCCUGCCCCUCGACGCCUUCUCCCCCUAACACACACGCAUGCUUUCUUCCCAUCAGCAGCCCACUGCCCCCACGCCGCUCCCCCCACUCCCUUCCUGCUGCCCCUUUGACCUUGAGGGCCCCCCCCCCCCACUCUGUGUAGCGGUGUCCCCUCUGCGAUGGGCAAAUAAAGACUACCCGCUUCUGCUAGACAAA